UUUUCUGCACGGCCGGUAUCUCGAGCGCACACAGCGCGAGAGGGGGCGGAGAGUAGGCUGCACACAGAAACAGACGCAUGCAGUGCAAAGAACGGAGCAGCGGCAGCAGCACGGCGACCAGCAGCGCAGGACCAGUGGUAGCUAUGUCAGAUGAAAUGAGUGUCCCCCUGCUCCCAAAUGCGGAAGCCCCUGAUGCUCCUCCACCCAUGGCUCCUGGCCGACCCACAGUGGCCAUACUGGGGUCUGGCGACUUUUCGCGUUCUCUGGCUGUGCGAUUGGUGGCGUGUGGGGUCAGUGUGGUGGUGGGGAGUCGCUGUGUUAAGCGCAUUGCUCCUGGGCUCUUUCCUGAUGCAGUGGAACUGAAGAACCAAGAAGGAGCAGUAGCAAGAGCCGAUCGGCUGGUGUUUCUGGCUCUGUUCCCUGAGCACUACCCCUCUCUGCUGGGUCUGAGGGCUUUACUGGCUGGGAAAGUCCUUGUAGAUGUGAGCAAUGCCGAGAAGCUGGGCAGAAGCAGGCUGUCUAACGCGGAGCAGCUAGCUGAGAUGUUCCCAGAGAGUGUGGUGGUUAAAGGGUUUAAUGUGAUCUCUGCCUGGACACUGCAGACCGGCGCACAAGAUGGCAACAGACAGGUGCUGCUGUGCAGUGACAGCGUGGAGGGAAAGAACGAAGUGGCCCAACUCGCCCGCCGCAUGGGCUUCCACCCAGUAGAUCUAGGCAGCCUGUGUUUUGCCCAAGACCUCGAGAGUGUGCCCCUGCGCCUCUUCCCGUCGUGGCGUGGACCUGUUCUCGCUACCUUCCUCCUCUUCCUCUUCUUCUACGGCUAUGGGUUUAUUCGGGGCGUCUUGCUCCCAUACCUGGCCAACGGACACAAUGCCUUCUACCGCCUUGCCUUUGACCUAGUGAAUGAGAGCCUGCCAGCUGUGGCUCUGGUCACCCUGGCACUGGUGUAUCUGCCAGGUCUGUUUGCAGCAUGGCUGCAGCUGUGGAGGGGCACCAAGUACCAGCGCUUCCCCUGCUGGCUGGACGGCUGGCUGCUGCGGAGAAAACAGCUGGGCCUGCUGAGUUUCCUCUGUGCUGCUCUGCACGGAGUAUACAGCCUCUGCCUCCCCCUGCGCACUGCCGCACGGUACAGACUCAUCAAUGCUGCAUAUGCACAGGUGAAGGCAGGUGUAGAGGAACCGUGGGAUGAGUUAGGUGUGUGGCGCUCUGACCUCUACCUGUCAUUUGGAGUGCUGGGUCUGGGCGUCCUCUCCCUGUUAGCUAUCACUUCUCUCCCUGCAGUGGGGAACAUCCUUACCUGGAGAGAAUUCACCUUUGUUCAGUCUGGACUGGGUUAUGUUGCUCUGACGCUCUCUGUCACGCAUACACUGGUGUUUGGCUGGAACUUUGCCUUCUCUGCCCAGGCAUAUGUCUUCUACAUGCCGCCCAGCUACAUGCUAGCUGUAGCUCUGCCGUGUGCCGUGCUGGUGUGCCGCUGUUUCCUGCUGCUGCCGUGUAUCUCUGGCAGGCUGGCACGCAUACGACGGGGCUGGGAGAGCACACGCAAGUGCCCCGUCUCGCAGCACCACCAUGUGGUGGCCAACAGUACAUGUCCAGAAGUGUAAGAAAGCAGGUCAGGUCAGACUGAGGGAGCUUUCCUGAGCCAGUGUAAUCCAUGUUUGUCACUGGGUAUGAAUACAUCCUUUAUAUAAGGACAGUAUCACUCCUAUUUCCAAAGCUUAGUGUUAAGAUCCAUAGGAUUUUGUAACUCAAGUUGUGUUUUUAGUUUGUCACACAAGGGCUAUUGAGCAGUCUUGCUCUUUUAAACACCAGCAUACUGGGUGUAUGAGUUUAGGGGUAGGGUUAGGUAUUAUUCAGAAUUUUUUAACACUGAUACUUGACCAGUAUUUUUUUUCAAGAACUUCUUUUAUGAACAAAAAACAUAUAUUAAACAUUGCAUUUCUCUAUUUAUAUAGUAUUACAAAAAGAAAAUUACAUGACAUGCGUACUCUUUUUGUUUUCCUUUUUUUAAUAGGUUACUUAAAAUCUAUUCCAAAAGCUCCAGUUACAGUGUCUUACAGUGACAAUCAGGAUUUUGAAGACUGCGUGCUGAGAGUGUUCGGAGACACUGCUGCUAUUUGUACUUUUUUAACAGACUGCUGGUGAUAAUAACAUGCUUAUCAGCCAGUCACCAGCCUAGACUUUGUAAUAAGCAUGCUUAUUGGCUCACUGACACUGCCAAGAUUGACUACUUGAAAAUAAUAUUAAAGGUAAUUUGGUUGGUACCACAAGAACAUUGAAUUUUAAAUACCUAGCAGUAUUUAGCAGUGGCAGCGAAUGCCUUUCUCAAGCACACAGUUGCAGUGGUUAGAGAAGGAAAAAGUAGACUGCAAACCUUAAGUACUGUCAACAUCUGUAGUGCUCUUCACUGUAUUUGAACUAGCAAGCCACCAGUUCCUGUCAUGAUGCACUUAAACAUCGUGCCUUUGUUGGCCUGCACACAUGCAGUAAACAUUUCAUAGCAAGUAGCCUUUUAGCAGUGUUUCCUAAGAACCUCGGACAGCUCUGUCAACACCAGGGCUGAACUGCACCUACAUUCUGUAAACUGUUACAGUUACCUUUAUUGCAGAAAGAGCUCAUAGUAAUGGUUAUAUUGAAGCUGUGCGGGAACGUUUGUGUACAGUUGAGACCGCUUACAGAAAACAUAAUAGCGAAUUUUGACUUAAACAUCUCAGUAUCUUAAGUGAGCUACGUAAAAUCACUUAAAGGAAAUGCUUAAGUGGAAAAAGAAAUAUUCAUAAGAGCUUGCUGAGUUUUGUCACGUUUCUGACAGUUGCAAAAAAUGUGGUGCUGUAAAACAUGCAAAUAUAACAGAAGAGCAGUUAAGAAGUUUAGUCAUUUUAAGACAAAGACACCUCUGGUCUUGGCCCCAAACAAGCCUAGCUCAGGUUACUUCAACCAAAUUAUUGCUUAAUGACGUGAUGCUGGACUUUAAGAUAGGAUCAGUUACAUAAUCCAUUAUCUGAGUCAGGAUGCUUGUGAUUUUUAUUCCCAAUGUACUAGCAGCAGUUUUCUCAAUGCAAAACUGGCUUUUUUACACUAUGGGUCAAUUGUAGAACCAGGUUAAACCUAAUUCUGGACUAAAUGGGAUUUUUAAGAUUAAUUACCAUUGACAUUGUAGUUGACUCCAGGACUGCUUAACGCUUGUCCAUUUGGUACACUCCAUAAUGAUCACAGGACACAGAUCUGAGCUGCUGCUGUGUUUUCACCAUCGGUGCUUUCUGAAUUAUAAAAUUUACCUCAUGCAUUUACAGACUGUCACUGACUAAAAGUCUUCAUAUGUGCACACUUAUGUAUAUAGUAUAUCAAAACAGAGUAUUUAAAAAAAAAGAUUCUAAUCAGCCAUCUUAUCAGAGGCUGUGUGAUACAUGUGACUCCAGGCACCAGCAUUUUAAGAAGUUAUUUGAUAAGACUUUGCUUUUUGGACAGGAUCAUAUUACUGAAUCCAAGCUUUCAUUCAAGUUUAAUCCAGUUGAAAAGCUUAAAUCAUGUAACAUCUGACCAACAUGCUGAACAUUCCUUAAUCAAUAGGGAAUGAGUAAUUUAGAACAUCUACAUGCCACAGAAGUGCUCUGGGCAGCAAAUGCAUCCUGACAGUAUUUUAUCGUUGCUUGCCAUUUUGUUCAGUAUUAAUGGAGAGAGUUUAUUCCACUAAUCACUGUAAGCUGCACUACCUGUACUUUUUACUCACUCCAGUUGUCACAGACAUGUUGCUACUCAAAAAUGUAAAAUAAAUAAAUAAUAAUAAAAAUACAUAGAUAUUUUUUAGCAAAAGCUCUUUGUAUGUUUGUUACUUAUUUGCCUAUGGAUAUGCAAGUGCUUACUCUUGAUCUUUUAAAAAAAUGUGUAUGUGAAGUACACAAAGUAUGUAAAGUAAAACAAAGUAAAAUAGAACAUUUUGUACAUUAUAUACUCUCUGGCAUUUUUUAAAACCAGCUUAUUACUCUUUACAAAUAGCUAAUUAAUGUUUGCAGUGUGACCGAGCUUCAUGACUUUGUUACCACAGAGGAUGCACUGCUCCUGUCCUGCUAUUCCUGUUAUCACAGACCACAAAAGCUUAGCAGUCAUUGGAGACAAUUAAUGUAUAUUAGACAACUGAUGAUCAUUAGGUGUUUCAAGUUUUAAAGCGCUCAGAUUCAGAUCAUGGGAAAUGUGUUUUUUACUAUGUAAGGAAGAAUAUUGUAAUUAAAAUUGACAUUCUUGCACACUUGGCUAUUUUUUUCUUUUCUUGGUUGCCUCAUGAUUACUGUAAAUUACUGUAAUCUUCAGAUGUGAGACCUGUGAGACCUCAUAUAAAAGUCUAUUCC